GUGAAACACAAUUAGAUAACUAUGAUUCAAGCUAAGCUUUCCAUACACCCGGGACGGCACUGCCGACGGGCAGUGGCUUGUUGCCACUUGCAGAAUUGCGCCCUCUCGUCCAGCCACGAAACAUGUAAUCGUCGACUUAGUGUAUUACAAUGUGCUAGCACCUCGGUCGAUGCACCUACACUAUCCCGAUUCUCGUCGCUCGGAACGCACGACCCGUCGCAAUGUCUCGACUUGGCCCUUUCGAGAAGGCCGCUGCUGGCGUUGGCAGGGCUUUCCGUCAUCUCAGCCACCGGAAGCGGUUGUUCUAUAGCCCAUGCUGAAGAUGCCACAACUCAGCUGGAGUCCCCCACCUCCCCACCUGCUGAGAUAACUGCCAGCAGCAGCAGCAGCUCCGAAACCCUCACCGAGUACGGCAACGCCAAGCAGCAAUACCGACUGCUGGUGCCCGCAUCCUGGGAUGUCAAGGGCAAGGCAGGCGCCGACGUGUUGUUCGAGGACCCCUCCCGCCGCUCCACCAGUGUCGGCAUCACGGUGAGCCCCGUCAAGGUGUCCUCCCUGGAGCAAUUCGGGGGCCUGCGGGAGGUGGGCGACCGGCUGCUGCAGGCGGAGAGGAACAAGGAGAGCACCCUGGACGUGGCGCUGCUGUCCGCCUCCUCGCGCCGCGGGGCCGCCGGGGCCACCCUGUACGAAUACGAGUACGAACUGAACAGCACGCGCGGGCGCAAGCGCAUCCUCAACACCGUCACCAUCUUCAAGUCCAGGUUGUACAUCCUGAAUGCGGCCUACAGCUGCGGGCGGGAGGCGUGCGGCGAGGCGGCGCAGGGCGGCGUGCAGCUCCUGCGGCGGGUGGCGGCCACCUUCGAUGUGACUGCGGGCUAGGCAGGGUACUUUGUGGUGCUUGAGGGCUAGCUGUGCUGAUAAGCUAUGGUGGUGGUGGUGGUUGUGUCUUGAUGGACGCGGCACGACCCAUGGGCCACACGUUCUUCAGGGCUGUGAUACAGGUCGCAACAUUGCUGUGCCAGAAAGUUCGGUGAGCUCUGACUUGGAUGUACCAUGUCCACUUAGCGCUGAAAGCGAGUCUGACACUUGGUUCAAGUUGCGGCCGUUGGACUCUGCUCGGUACGGUUCUAGGGCCACUUUGCACACUCAAUGCAUCCUCCCUGCAUCCUCUAGGGCCUGUACAAGUUAGCUACGCGAUACGAAGCCAGCGAUGUAUAGAGUGUUGCGAACUCGAUCGAUACACGUUGGAACUGUUUAAAAAAUGCCCUUCGCAAAGCUUGUGGCCUUCACAUUAAUCGCCCUGCUGUUGCAUCUUACAAGAACCACGAAUGCAGCAACCAAGGUACGGCCCAGCCUCCAAAGCGAGCCCAGCUUUGCGGAUUCUGACUGGCAACGGCAACAGCUCUCGGGCCGCAUCCCGAACCGGGAGGAGCUCAUGCGGCGGCCUCGGGUGGUGCUCGGCCACCUGGGGGAGGCCGACUGGGCGUUCAUCGAGUUCCUGUGUUUCAUGCAUGCCAGCUGGCGAUACGUGACCACGCUGGGCAAGCCCUCCGGCUACCGUAUCGACCUGCUAGUGGUUUCGGAGCCGCGCUGGCUGCGGCAGGCCAGCACCCUCUGCCAGCGACUUGACGACCUGGACCCGGACCUGGACCUGGGUGCAGCACACAGCAGCGAGGUGGAGCGCCUCCGACAGCUCAUAUUGCAGCCCCCGGCCUCCAACCCGAACGCAUCCAGGUGCUGGGUGAUGCCGAGCUCGGGGCUGCGGGUGCCCCCCGCGGUGCAAGGUCACAGCUGGCGGAGCGGCUACCCGCACGCGGCGCUCAUCCAGCUGCUGGCGGAUGAGCGGGUGGGGCAGGUGCUGGGGGGCGUGUACGGAUACGCCUUGAAGACGGGUGAGGAGG